GAAGUUGGGGAAUUUUCCUCGCUAGUCGCUAGGAUGUAUUUUUACACGGUUUAAUUUGUACCAUUCAGACUACAUUGUAGACUAGAGAAACAAUAUGACUCGGUUUCAAAGCUGUCAAACCGACUACACUUGUAAACAUUAUUUGGGAGUGUAGAUCGUCCCUUAUCCUAGAUCUUCGUUUCUAAAUUAAUGUCAAUAUUAAUCUGAAGCUACCAUAUGGCCAUGUAUUCUUCACUUAUAUCUGUCCUCACUCUUAUGUUGCAGAUUCAGCUCUAUCCAGGAGACGCAACUAUAAUCACUUUAGAAAACAAGUGCGACAACACGGUGUGGCCUGUAAUUGACACCACCAACGGCGCUAGCUUGAACACUAGUAUCACGAAGGGAUUUGCGUUGAACAGGGGCGAAUCAAGGACCAUUAACAUACAAACAAGUUGGAGGGGUCGGCUUUGGGGGCGGACAUUUUGCAAAACUGACAGCUUGACAAAAAAUUUCUCCUGCCAGACUGGUGAUUGUGGCUCGGGAAAGAUGGACUGUAUGGGUGCAUCUUAUCAGCAUCCCGUGACUUUGAUUGAAUUCAGCACGGGUAAUUCCGGAAACGCGCCCGACUUCUAUGACACUAGCGUUGUCGAUGGUUAUAACCUCCCUGUAGCGGUGGCUCCACAAGACGGAAGCAGGAGUGGUUGCGCCGUGACUGGCUGCGUCUUCAAUAUUCAUGGAGGUUGCCCCGAUGAACUCAAAGUGAUGGACAGGAAUCAAAGCAUAAUUGGUUGUAAUAGCCCGUGUAACGUAUUUCAUACGAACGAGUCUUGUUGUUCGACUUCGGACGAUUGUAAACGUGAUAGCUUCUCACUUGGGUCACUUAUCUUCAAGAAGGCUUGCCCACGAGCUUACAGUUAUGCGCUUGAUGAUGCCACCUCUACCUUCACUUGUUCGGGAAUUCAGACAUCGUAUAUUAUCACCUUCUGCCCGUCACCUAGCCUUGCCAGUGUAGUUUCUGAACCUAUGACAUCAGCACCAUCGUCGGCAGCACCAUCAAUAUCACCUUCAACAUCGCCAUCACCAAGAUCACCUUCACCACCCAUACUUGAUCUGCCAAACAAGCCCGCUACCGCACCUUCAACAACGGAAGUGUCUGAGAUCAAAAAAGCUGUUCUUGACUCCUUACAAUUUGAUCUACACACAAUUCGAACAGCAACGAACAACUUUGCCAUAGAUAACAAACUUGGAGAAGGCGGGUUUGGGGAAGUCUACAAGGGAUUACUCGAGAAUGGAGAAGAAAUAGCUGUCAAAAGGCUUUCGAAAAACUCAGGACAAGGAGUUGGUGAGUUUAAAACUGAAGUUGUUUUAGUGGCAAAACUCCGACACAAUAACUUGGUCAAGCUCUUGGGAUAUUGCGUAGCAUUGGAAGAAAAAUUACUUGUUUAUGAGUUUCUUCACAAUUCUAGUUUGGACAAAAUUUUAUUUGAUAACUCCAAAAAAUCGUGUUUAGGUUGGCGAACAAGAUCCAAGAUUAUAAUUGGUGUCGCGAGAGGGCUAUUAUAUCUUCAUGAGGACUCCCCGCUUAAGGUUAUUCAUCGAGAUUUAAAAUCAAGUAAUAUAUUACUAGAUGAAGAUAUGAAUCCUAAGAUAUCAGAUUUUGGCCUCGCAAAGCUUUUUGGAGUCGAUCAAACUCAAGGGGACACUAAAAGAAUUGUCGGAACAUAUGGGUAUAUGGCUCCAGAAUAUGCAAUUACGGGUCAUUAUUCUGUAAAAUCCGAUAUUUAUAGUUUUGGAGUCAUAAUACUUGAGAUCAUAAGUGGACAGAGGAAUCGAUUUUUCGGACGUGUUCAGCUUGAAGAGGCACUACUGCACCGUGCAUGGAGGUUGUGGAAUGAGGAUAAAACCUUAGAUUUGGUAGAUACAUCGUUGAACAAUAACUUCCCAGAAGAAGACGUAUUUAAGCUCAUCAAUAUUGGUCUAUUAUGUAUUCAAGAAGAUGCCAUUGCAAGGCCGAGAAUGACCACUAUAGUCGCUGCACUUAAUGGUCGAGGAAUUAGUCUCCCUAAGCCAAAGCCACCAAAUUUCUUUGGUACUAUUAAUAAUUUUGAAGAUAAUGACGUAGAACAUAAUUCCCAAUAUGUAUAUACAGGUUGUAAUACGAUUACAGACCUGUCUCCUCGUGACUAAUCUACAAUAAUAAUACAUUGUUGAUUUGCAUGUUUAUAGGACACGUUACUUAGUUGUACUUAGCGCAAUUGUAUUAUUCUUUAUUAGUACAGAAAUAAUAACUGUUAAUAGGAUGAUAUAUUUUAAGAGGGCUGAAUUCUAUUGAAACCAUGAUAUUUACCUUUUA